AUGGAAAUUGAAUGGGCUAGUAAAAUUUUAACCCAAUUGUUAAUUCAAGAAAAGUGUUUAAAAGAGAAAUAUGCUUCCGAUUUGUUAAAAAGAUUUGGCGACAUUAAUAGAAUCAUUCAUUAUAUGAAUGAAAAACUCGAGACUCUUGGUUUUGUAGUCAACAAUGAAUUAAUAAAUGGUGAAGAAUAUUUAAUAUUAAAUUGCGAAAAACACAAAAUACCAGGACACCGAUCGAAUGAUAAUGGAUUAGAACUUAACAUAAAGGAGGAAUAUUUGUUUAAUUCUAAAUUAAAAAAAAAUGAGAUAAGUCUAUACUAUUUAAUCAUUGAUUAUAUAUUAAAUAAUAAUAAAAACUUAAAAAUUAAUGAUACUGAAAUAUCCUAUGAAAGUCUGUGUAUACAGUUAAAUAUAAAAAAUGCAAAUACCCAAAAAUCAAUAAUGGAUAAAUUAAUAGUAAAUAAUUGGCUUAAAAAUGUGAAUGGAUAUUUGUCUCUAGGAAUUAGAUUUUUUACAGACUUGAUAAAAUAUUUCCCUCUUAAUAACUUGGAAAAAUGUUCGUUAUGUAAUAACGCAAUAAUUGUUGAGAAUGCUCAAUGCACAAAUUGUAUGUCAUUUUAUCAUAUUCAUUGUUUUAAUGGGUUGGCAAACAAACUGUCACUUUGCUACAUAUGUAAAAAUACAUUGUAG